AGGCCGCUCCGCCCGCAGAGCCCCGGCAGGAGCCCCCGCACCCCCCAGACCCGGCGGAUUUCAUCCUCGACUGCACCUUCGCCGCCUGCGACCCCGAGCAAACAGGUACCCCCGGGCCUGCCCCUCCCCGGCCCAGGGCCGCUCCCGCCGCGGGGAGACCCGGGGGGGCCGAACCCCCUUCCCCAGCCCCCGCACCCACGGGGGAGGCACGGAGUGGCUCGGGGGCCUCGGAGCCCACCCAGGGGCAGGGACCCCUCCCACCCCCCCGAGCCCCGGGGGCCGGAGCAGCCCCGGGGGGGCCGGGGCCGGUGGCGGGGCCGCUCCAGCCGGUGCCGCGCAGGGACGGUGCUGGCCCGGCGGGUGGUGCAGUACGUGCAGGCGGUGACGGGCCGCAGCGAGGCCGAGCUGCGGGCGCUGGGCCGGGCCCUGGACCCCGCGGCCACCGGCGCCGCCCUGGACCUGCCCAGCUUCCACGCGGCCAUGCGGGGCUGGAUCGCCCAGUGCCGGCAGGACGGGGCCGCGUGGCUCCUGGAGGAUGCAGCAGCCGGAGACCCCAGCACGGUGCUGGCGGCCGAGGAAGGACGCAUGUUCCCAGCCACUGACCUGCUCCAGCCCGACGGGGACAGCUCGGACACAGCCAGCCCCGCCGAGGCCGCGGUGCUGCGGGGCCGGGCGGAGCGGCUGGCGGCCCGGAACGCGCGGCUGCAGCGCGACGCCGAGUCGGCCGAGGAGCUGAGCGCCCGCCUGGCCGAGGAGGUGGCGGGGCUGCGGGCCCAGCUGCGCAGCAGCCAGCUGGCCCUGGAGCGGGCCCGGGCGGCCGCUGAGGAGCUGGAGGAGCUGAAGGUGACGGCCAAGGGGCUGGAGGAGGAGAACAGGGAGCUGAGGCGGCACGUGAGGAAGAUGGAGAAGGAGCAGCAGAGCCUCCGCUCAGAAGCCAACACCCUCCAGGAGGAGAACCAGCGUCUGGUCACCGAGAGCCAAGAGCUGCGGGAGAGUCUGCAGGGGAUGGCGGCUGAGGUGGCCAAGGUGGAGGCCCAGCUCCAUCACUGCUCAACUCUGCUCGCCUCCCGGGACACAGCGCUCGCCCAGGCUGGGCAGCAGGUGCAGGAGCUGGAGCAGGCACUGGAGGAGUCCAACACGGCACUGCAGGAGCUGGAGCUGGAGAUGAAGCAGCUCCAACAGCAACUGGGCCGGAUGCAGGAGGCCUGGGACAAGCCCCCCUGGAGCCCCCCCAGUGACCCCGGUGACAUCCCCGCGCAGCCACUCGGUGCCGAGAUCGCGGCCACGUGCCAGGACCCGGAGCUGGACGUGGAGUCAGUGACACCAGCAGGGGACAGAGAGGGGACAGUAGCCCAGGAGAAGAGGGACCCCCCGGCGCUGCGGCUGCUGCUGGGCCUGGUGGCCCUGCUGGCCUUGCUGGCCCUGCUGGCCCUGCUGUGCUGCUGGCUGGGGCCACCACAGGGCCUGCAGCACUGGCCACAGCCACAGCUCUGCUACCGCCGGCCCCCCCCCGCUCUGAGACCCCCGAGACCCCCCCCGAGACCCCAUAAACACCAUGGCUGCUUUCCCCCAGUCCUCUCACCAGCCCAUCCCAGUUCCCUCCAAUCUCCCCAGUUCCCCCCGAUCCCCCCAAUCCACGCUCACACCCCAUGUUUCUCCAUCACGUUUAUGUAA